GUCCGAAGUACGUUACACUUUUACGCUCCUCCAAAGGAUGGAUCUAAGCCAGAGUUCCACGUCACUCACCCUUCAGGAUCAGGAACCAAGAACUACGGCCAUGAUGAAGUUGAAGUCAUGAUUCAGGACAUACGAGGCCACGAAGCCGAGUUCUCCUUAGACCAGAACUCUUUCCAACCCGUGCAUGAGCCUUUGAACAUAGAACUCGACUUCGAUGAUCCAGUCCAGGUCGAGGAAUCCUACUACCCCGCCAUCAUCAACCUUAUCUUAAAGCAAGUCAGUGGCGCAAAAGAAGUUUUCAUCUUCGAUCACUGUAUCCGCAAAGUUACAAAUGAUCGUUCCCAGCAGCGGCCUGUCAACAAAGUCCAUGUGGAUCAAACACCCAAGGCAGCUUUGAUGCGCUACGAAAUGCAUGUUCCCGAAGCAACAAGAAAGAAGUUCGAAGGCGAACGGAUUCGGCUCAUCAAUAUCUGGAGACCUCUCAAAGGGCCAGUUCUGGAGUAUCACCUUGCAGUUGCGGAUUCGAAAAAUAUGAGAAAAAAGGACUUAAUUAAAAUUACCCAUGUCUAUCCAGAUCGGAUUGGAGAGACUUAUGGCGUGAAGCAUAGGGAUGAACAGAAGUUCUGGUACUUGAGUGGGAUGAAGGUGGAUGAGGUGCUUCUGUUGCAGUGUUUUGAUAGCAGAGCGGAGGGUGGAAACUGUUGUGCUCAUGCUUCUUUUCGCGAUCCUUCUCAAGUUGGUUGAGCAGUAUCUCGUGAAAGCAUUGAAGUGCGAUGCUUGGUCGUGGGCUGACGAGACAUCUGGAGUUGAUGGUGAGUGGAUUGUGAUGGUACAGUACUUGCGGCC